UGUGUGACAGAAGGUGUGAGUAUGUGGUGUGAGUGAGUAUGUGGUGUGUGUGACUGCGUGUGUGUGCGUGUUUUUAUGGACGCCAUGGACGAUGAGUUGAAAUGUCCAGUAUGCGGGUCCUUCUACAAGGAGCCGAUUAUUUUGCCGUGCUCGCACAACGUGUGUUUGGCGUGCGCCAGGAACAUCACCGUGCAGACUCCGGAUGGUGAGCAGCCUCAUCCGGGGAGCCGCGCGUCGGCAGGCUCGGACUACGACUACACGGACGCUGAUAAACUGAGCGAGACGGACAGCGGCUACGGCUCAUACACGCCGUGCGCCAAGUCGCCGAACGGCGUUCGCGUUUUCCCGCCGGCGCUGACGCCCUCGGCCCACCGCCACCGCUCCGUGACGUGCCCGCUGUGCCACCGCAGCGCCUCGCUGGACGAACGGGGCCUCCGUGGCUUCCCGCGCAACCGCCUGCUCGAGUCUGUGGUGGCCCGAUGCCGCGCGACCCCCGCCAAGUGCCAGCUCUGCGACCGCAACCCGGCUGACGCCACGAUCAUGUGCGAGCAGUGCGACGUGUUGUACUGCGCGCCGUGUCAGCAGCGGUGUCACCCCGCCCGAGGGCCUCUGGCCAAGCAUCGGCUCGUGUCGCCCGCCAACGGCGCCGCCGCGCGCACCGCAGCAACAGCAGCAGCAGCUGGAGCGCAGUCACCAUCCGCCUCCUCUGCGUGCCCCGAACAUGACGCUCAGAGCUGCAGCGCCUACUGUGUCACCUGCAAGAUCCCCGUGUGUUACCUGUGUAUGGAAGACAGCAAGCACGGAAAACACGACGUGAAACCCAUAGCGGCCAUGUGGAAGCAGCACAAGUGCCAGUUGUCUCAGGCGUUGAACGGCGUGUCUGAUAAAGCCAAGGAUGCCAAGGAGUUCCUGGUGCAGCUGAAGAACCUGCUCCAACAGAUCCAGGAGAAUGGCGUGGAGUUCGAAGCCUGUCUGGUGGCUCAGUGUGAUGCCCUGAUUGAAGCACUCACGCGGCAGAAAGCCAAGCUGCUCACCAAGGUCACGAAGGAGAAAGAGAGCAAGCUGAAGACGGUGAGAGACCAGAUCACACACUGCACCAUGAAGCUGAGGCAGACCACAGGCAUGAUGGAGUUCUGCCUUGAGGUCAUCAAGGAGAACGAUCCGAGCGGAUUCUUGCUGAUCUCGGAUGCGUUGAUUAAACGUGUUCAGCUCUCCCAGGAUCAGUGGGUUAAAGGUGCGCUGGAGCCGAAGGUUUGCCCUGAGUUCAACCUGAGCCUCAACACUGACCCUCUGCUGCAGGUCAUACUACAACUCGACUUUAUCCAGGACCGGGAUUCACUCACUCAGGAGUCUCCGUUACUGAGACAAAAACUUGCAGGCGUCCGGAUCGGGACGCCGAGUGCAGGAGCAGAGAACCCUGGAGUCCCUCCUGCUCCUUUACUGGAGCUGGAAAAGUGUUGCCUACGAAACAACAGCGCCACUCUGGCCUGGAGGUUAAUAACACCUCAGCCGCUGUCGGUGGAGGGCUACAUCUUGGAGCUGGAUGAUGGAAACGGUGGACAAUAUCGGGAGGUGUACGUGGGGAUGGAGACGGUGUGCACAGUGGAUGGUCUCCACUUCAACAGCUCCUACAAUGCUCGGGUCAAAGCCUACAACUCUAUCGGUGUUGGGGCUUACAGCAAGACCGUGGUCUUAAAGACAUCUGAUGUUGCCUGGUUCACAUUUGACCCUACCUCAGCGCACAGGGACAUCGUUCUGUCCAACGACAACCAGACCGUGAGCUGCAACAGCUAUGAUGACCGUGUGGUGCUCGGAACGGCUGCUUUCUCCAAAGGAGUCCAUUACUGGGAGCUCAGUAUCGAUCGCUACGAUAACCACCCGGAUCCUGCUUUUGGUGUGGCACGCAUUAACACGGCGAGGGAUGCUAUGCUUGGGAAAGAUGAUAAAGCCUGGGCCAUGUAUGUGGACAACAACCGUUCAUGGUUCAUGCACAACAACUCCCACACCAACAGGGCUGAAGGGGGAAUAACUAAAGGCUCGACCGUUGGUGUUCUCCUGGACCUGAUGAAACACACACUCACAUUUUUCAUCAACAAAGAACAGCAUGGCCCUGUGGCCUUUGAGAACAUGGAGGGUGUGUUUAUGCCUGCGGUCAGUCUCAACCGCAACGUACAGGUGACACUAAUCACAGGCUUAGAAGUACCAAAGAACAUCAAAUAACGACCUCUGACCUGUGGGAAUACGGUACAUCUCAAACAGUUGUACCUCUGGGUUAUUUUUCUUCACGAGGCAAAGAAACAUCUCAACAACAUUUGAUUGGAGAUCAAAGACUUCUUAAUAACUACAUCUCAAAUAUAUUUAUGGGUUUUUUUUUCAUAUUCCUAAUGGAAUCUCAGUGUGUACAAUCAAAACUCACUGUGUUUACAGUAAACUCAUCCCAGGCAGCGUUCCCUACAGGAGCAGAAAGCUUUGAAGGAGAGUUAUGUCUGUUUAUCCAAACUUCAUCCAUCUGUGUUCUUCGAAAUGUAAGCUUAUCUUGGUUAUAAAUGUUUAGCUGAUGUACAAGCUGAAGCAUUCAGUGGUGAAAUUCUGCUUGGUAGGUCAACGGAGUCGGAUCGACUAACCAGCACCGUGACCUACUUGCUGUAUACAGUGUGAUAUAAUAACUCAGUAUAGCUGAUUUUUUGCAAAGUGGCAACUGUGAUAUACAAUUGUGAAACUGGUUUUCAUGCUUUGCUCAAUUUCAGCACAAAUUCUGCUGCAUAGUCUUUAAUGGGUCAUUGGAUUAGUAUCUUGUAUCUCUGGAAGCUGUAAAACUGGAAGCUGUAAAACCUCAGCAACAGCAAGAUGAGCUACCAAACAAUGCUGGGUUAUUUAUUUAACCCUAACCCUAUUAAAGCGGCAUCUAUUUGAUGCACUACUGUAUUACCUAAUCUUCUGUACAUACAAAAAAUUUGGGGUCUGUCGACUUUAAAUUUGUUAUAUGCUUUUCUUGUUGUCCAAAUUUUAAUCUAGAAAUCCCUCUUGCCAUCAAAAUCAUCUAUACUUGUUUAUAUCAUUAGCAGAACCUGGGGCUAAAGAUCCUGUGUUGGGCCUCAAAACCAAGCAUAUUAGUAACCUACAGUAUAAGGUUCCACUUUGGUGGCAGCAUUAUGCCAGUGAGUGUUUUAGGUUUGUAGGUUAAAGAGAAACAUGUAGAAUCCCACAGCAUUCUUUGGUUUGUCCCACUGAAGAAACCUUCAAAGAUUCUACGCAGACCCUAAAAAAGAAAGGUUUUGGAAAGCUACAACUUCAAAUCAUCCAAAGAACCUGUUUGACUCCAACAAACUCUUAACCAAGCCUUCUCACUCCUGUGAUCGAGAUCAACAAUGCUUACUUAUUCUCAGUUGCCAUCUCUUACAAUAUUAUAUCUGUCAGGGUUCAUUGACUUGUCCCAGUAGGGGAACCUUUAAAGAUUCUGUGGAGACUCACAACAGUUUUUCGUUUUUUAGUACAUAGUACAUGAGGUUUUGUAAACCUCAAAUGAAUUGAAACCUUAAAUGAGUUUCUGUGCAUCUCUUGCAAUAGAGAUGAUUUUCUGUAUUGCUUCAUCCCAUCAAGAACAAUGACACCUGCAAGUUGGUUACCGUAUUUUCCGCACUAUAAAGCGCACCGGAUUAUAAGGCGCAGUCUUAAUUACGGGGUCUAUUUCUGUACUUAAUACAUACAUAAGGCGCACCCAUACAUAAGGCGCACCGUAUUAUAAGGCGCAUGCUAAAACAUACGGUCUACAAAAAAAGGUAACGGAAGCAAAACAGUGAGUUUAGUUGAACUUUAUUCUACUAUUUAACAAUACACACACAUAAUUUUUUAAUCAAUCUUCUCCCACAAAUCCAUCAGAGUCCUCAUCUACUGUGUCUUCUUAACUUGGCGCAGUUCAUUUUCCUGCUUCCUCCACUUCCGAACCAUAGAUUCAUUGAUGUUGAAUUCUUUCGCAGCUGCUCUAUUCCCAUUUACAACCGCGUAACUGAUAGCCUGUAGUUUGAAUUGUGCCUCGUAAGCAUCUGAUUUUUAUUGGCGGAUGGCAAACCAACUUAAGGUGCAUUUACCGCCACCUACUGGACUGGAGUGUGGAGCGCAUAAUGGUUAGGAAGCUACAACUGUUGUUUUGCAACAUACCGGUAGUAUACUGUACCUACUGGAGGCGUGGCGGAGGUAAGCGUACGUACUGUACGUAUUACAUAAUGUUUUCUGAUUGGUUUAUCGCUGCCAGCGUACGUAGUGUGUGUAUUAUGUCCCUGUGUCAGCGGGAAAUGGUCGGACAGUCAAUCAAGUGGAGCGCUUACCAAAGUCGCACCGGAUUAUUAGGCGCACGGCAGAUUUUUGAGAAAAUUUAAGGCUCUUAGGUGCGCCUUAUAGUGCGGAAAAUACGGUAAAUCUAGAAGUCUUGUUUUGGUUUGUUCUGCAUAGAAAACCCUUAAAGAUUCUAUAUAGAGCCUCACAGUAGAGGUUUUUAUCCCAGUAAGAACCCAUGACCCUCAGGGUUUUAAGAAUGGCACCAUUGCACCAUUGCACAGCAACUCAACAAGUUCUUUGCUUCUUUCCAAACAGGGAACAUUUAAAGAUUCUGUGUAGAACUUUGCAAACAGUGUUUCCUUUUUUAGUUAACCAUCCGAUAGUAUACGUAGAUGACACAUGACCCCUUCGUCCUUCCUAGGCUUUCUCGAGGGUCCCAACUUGGUGGUAAAGUUUGGACAAACUGGUGGAACUGCCUUUCAACAGUACUUAUAGUUUGCUACAAAACACUUUACACAAGUCUCAGGUUUAAAUACUCAUCUGGGUGGUGCUCCGGACACAGAUCAGACUUUUACACUGCCAUAGUUAGAAACUCGUUAUGUACUAGGCUGAAUCUGUGUCAGGAAAGCAGGAGCUUUAAGGAUCAUCUUUGGUCUGGUUCUCUCAAAACACUCAAGAAGGUGUACACACAUAAAACCUUGGUACUUUUACAUGUGCCAAAAAGAAAACCGCAGAUAGAAAUGAAUGAUCUGGGAAUUGGUGAAAAUAAAGGAAUCAUUUGCUGCUCGUAAUUAGACACACACUCAUUCCUUCAGGAUCCGACACUGAAGCCUUUCACACUGUGAUAUAUACGGAAAAAGUGAAAAACAUUCCAGAGUAAUUUCUCUUUUCUUUUCCGUUCCGAUAUUUCUGCCCUUGUUUUUUUCCUCUUCUUGUGAUUUCUAAGCUGUAUAGUUUAAUAGUAUUGUGAAGAAGAUCAUUUUAUUUUGCAUGGUACACGAUGGAGCCGGUAAGGCUUGAGCAUGAGGUUAACGAUCUUAUAUUAUAUUUGUGUUGUAUAUAGCGUAACAAAGCUCAACGUUGAAGCGUCUCCCUCUGGUGCAGAUUGAAAACUACAAGGCGUGCUGUGAUUUUUAUUUAUUUUUUUGACCAAACUGCUUAAGCCUUAAGCAAGAAACAGCGCCAGCCAGAAUCAUACCAAACCUUUUGCAAUUAAAGUCUAAAUAAAUUGUGCGAUAAAAAAAAAAAAUCGACAUUUAUAAAUUGUUAUGGCAGAAACGAAUUUUCAAGUAUAUUUAAUUUUUGUAAUUAUUCAUUAGGUGUGUAGAAGCAACAACAAACAAACAACAGAACAAACAACACUUCUUCAGGCACUUCGGCACAUUUGAAGUGUAUAAAGUAAAUACAGGGUUUCUGCAGGGUUUAAUCAGUCAAAUUUAAGACUUUUUAAGACCUUUUUAUGACAUUCUUACGAUAAAUAACUUCAGUCAUUAAAAUUCCUUUUAAAAGUCUUUAUUAUUGACUUUCAUUGAAAGUAACAAGUUUUAUUAUUUAAAGAGUAAUUCUAUUAUUUCUUACUUAAGAUUAAGAAACUGAAGCCUUCGCCUUCUUUUUCUUGAGUAUCAAGAACACAAGAACACUUAACAAUUGUAGCAUUGUAAAGUAACAUUGUGUGCAAUAGGCUUGAUACCGAUUGUUAGCGACGGGUUUGAGCCAGCUACUAAACGCACCGUCUUCGAGCCACAGAUUGUUAAAGGGUUUCUGUGAAAGUCCUUCCGACAAGUCUGUAUGCUGCCGCAUGGACCUUGUAGUUCUGGAACGCUGUGAUACCAGUGUGAUACCACCCAGAUUCCUCAUACAGAACUACAACAGGAGAAACAAAUGAAUGCCAUUGUCGCCGCGAGCGCAUUUUGAUUGAAGAACAAAUUAACGGACGAGCAUAUCAAUUUAAGACGUGGCUAAAUGUUUUUUAUGGCCUUGUAUGGAAAAUCCGGACGUUUUUAUGCUUUUUAUGGCCUUAAAUUCUUAUUGUUAAAUUUAUGACUUUUUAUGACCCCGCGGAAACCCUGUAAAUAAAUCGUGCGAUGAAAAAAAAAAAUCGACAUUUAUAAAUUGUUAUGGC